AGACGCUCUGUUACCUUGGAGAGCGGAGGGGGUGAAGCUUCCUACUGUGUGGUGACCUGGAGUCCGUCACUCCUGCUUGCCUGACCGGCGGGGUUCGGCCCUAGCUGGGUAGACACCGCCCUUGGCGGAUUUAAACAACCUAAACAUUAAGCAGUACAGCUGCCUCAGAUCCUUGGGAAUUUCAGAAUGACUGACACUGCUGAAGCUGUUCCAAAUUUUGAAGAGAUGUUUGCCAAUAGAUUCACAGAAGAUGACAAAGAGUACCAGGAAUACCUGAAGCGCCCUCCCGAGUCUCCUCCAAUUGUUGAGGAAUGGAAUAGCAAAGCUGGUGGGAACCAAAGAAACAGAGGCAAUCGGUUGCAUGAUAACAGACAGUUUAGAGGUAAGGAUAGCAGACGGGGGUGGCCAAGUGAUAAUCGAUCCAAUCAGUGGCCUGGACGAUCCUGGGGUAACAGUUACCCACAGCACAGACAAGAACCUUACUAUUCCCACCAAUAUGGACACUAUAGUUACAACCAACGGCCUCCUUAUGGUUAUUACUGAUAAAAAUGUCAGUAGCUUUUGGUAAAACCAUUUACUUUGUUAACAUGACAAAAAAAUUGUGUGUUGUUCAUAGUUUUACAUUUGAUUUUAGAGAAUGGAUUAUUGAUUCUUUGGAUUUGAGACUUUUUAAAAACACAGAUCUUAACAGAGAGAUGCGCGGGUUGCUGGGGAUACCUAAAAAUGUUAUGGAUUAUAUGGCUUGACUUCUACCUCAGAUUUUUUUUUUUUUUGUUCCAUGACUUAAUAGUGCUUUGAGUUGGUUUAUUUUUCUUAUUUGACCUCUAGGAGUUCUGUCUUUGUUUUACACAGAAAUAAAAAAUUUAAAAUAUAAAAUACUUGCUUUUACUUUCUAAGGGAGUAUCCAUAUACUCAGAUGUGCUCAUUUAAAAAAUUUUACAGAGGUUAGUACAGUCAGCUCAUGAAUGCAUAGCUAUGCUUACUUGUGAUGUGUUAUAUAUUAACAUUAAUUCUUGAAAGGUAAAACAAUUUUUUUUUAUUACUUUUGUUAUGUGACUCUGGUACUUUGUGAUUCCUUACUUUGUAGGUAUGAGUCAGCUCUGCAAUUAUUUUGGUCUCUUUUUAGAGGAAAACCAAUGAUAAAGCUGUAAAAUGAGGAAGGAAUUCUGUUUCAGUAUUUUGAUCUGGUGGUGGGUGGGAUUAGACAACACAUCAUUUUAAAUUUUAUACAAACUCUAAGGCUUUUUGCUAAGUUAAACAUAGCAGGUCAAAAUUUACAUUUUACAAACGUUUAACUCUGUAAUGUUCAAACUUUCCCUUUUAGUCAUCUGUAUAUAAUGCUGCAUUAUCUUCUUUUUUUGGUAUUUCAUGUGGGUUGAUUUUACAAUGUUAUAUUUACUUCCAGAUUCACACUUCUGCCGCUUCCUCUUCUAUAAUGUAACUUCCUUUCAUAGAAAACCAUUUUAUUAAAAUGGUUUUAUUAAAAUAAAAUUUUAAAAAUGUUUAAGUAACAUUACUCCCAAGUUUUGGCAGUUAGCUUACUUAUGGUGAGAGGAGCUUUUUGGUUUUUUAUUGCUCUGUCCUUCAUGUCUGUUGAAAAGGGUUUAUUUGAUUUAAGGGUAAUAUUAAGAGUGCAAGUUUCAUCAUAGGUCAAAGGAAUUACAAGACAGCUUCCUAAAUCUGUUUUUUGCUGCCUUCUUUCUUAGCCCUCUAACUCUAGGCCCUUGAGGUUGACUUCUCUAGGUACUACUCCGAGCUCUGGAUCCACCUCUCUUCAUCCCCACUUCCUAAAGAGCCACCCUUUCAGGUAACUUUUAUUAGAAAGGAUCUAAUAAAUCAGGUAUUCAUAGUGAGAUGUAAAUACAAUUUUAAUAAUAAGGAAAGGGUUUUCCCUGGACAUUUCUAAUCAUUACAUCAAUUGUAGUAAUUACAACAAUUACAACUACAAGCUAGUGCUGUUACAUAAAGAUAGAUUUUAAUAGUAUAGAUAUUUAGCUUAGAGAGUCUUCAUUGGCCCCAGGAUCUUCUCUGAAAGAAAAGAGUUAUUUUAUUUUUUAGAUUGAAAAAUAUGGUUAAUUUAGGAAGUACAUUAAAGUGAGAGGAGAUUCACCUCUCCAAUGUAGGGGAGGGAGCCAAAGCUAGGAACCAUGGUGGCCGUGGCCACACCAGAGUUUAACAAAGCAAUGGCUGCAGUAGGGUUUUUUAAAAAAUAUCUAUCAAUUGAUAAAGCACAGGCAAUGAUCAGUUGAGAAAGUAGCUGACUAUAGCUUUAGGGCAGGAUUCUGUGCUGUGCCAACUGUUGACACUAAUUAGUGACCUGAAUAUCAGCCCUGCUUGAAAAAAAUAGGAAGAAUCUUCUUUCAACAUGAGUUAUUUCUGCAAGCUGCAUGAGUAAUCUGUGUGAUGAUAGUUUUUGUUUUUUUUUUUAACAGUAGACACUAUUAAACUACCUCUUAUGUGCUUAAAACCAGGAAGAAAUAAAAGGCACAGUUUCUGCUUCAUGAGAUAGAAAAAUAACAUGAAAAAAACUUAAAGAUAAUUUGAGAUCAAAGAAUUAAAAUAGUGUCAAAUAGAAUUACUUUCAAGCUGACGGUCUGUUAUACUAACAUACAGCAUUAGGCAUAAGGAGUUUUGGCAUUCAGUUCUGUCCUUAUAAGAUAUGUGACCUUGAAAAAAUAAAUUUAAACCCUGAGUUUAUUGGCUAACCUAUAAAAAUGAGAACAUUAUCUACCCACCACCCUCACAGGGCUAUACAAAUAAAUGACCAAAGGAAGAGCUUGAGAAUAGAAACUAGAGUUGUGACCAUUAAACCCCUAGUGGCACAUAAUAGGUGCUGCAUAAACAUUUGCUGAAUCAGUGGGAAGUACUUGAUAAAUUGUAAAGCAAGCAUAUUAUUGAUAUAAAGGAUGUAGAGUAGUUCAUAGAAGACGAGGUAGGGCAGGAGACAUUGAGAAUUAAAGAACUUGUAGUUGUUCCCUUAAGUGAAGUUAUAUGUGAAUUAGCAAAAGGAAAGCAAAUUAUAUCCUUCAGAAAAUAACACAUCAAAUGUAGAAGACAGUUUGUAUAAAAGUUGAGCUGAAAUUAGUAGCAUUUCCUGUCUGAAAAUUGGCCCUAACGUUAAGAGUAUCAAAUGUGGAUUACUAAACAUGUUGGAUUAAUGUCCUUUUGAAAACAGUUUGCUGGGGACUUGAGAUAGCUUUUUGUGUUUUAUUUUGUUUUUGAGUACUAGGCAGGUUUGGGGUUAUCUAGAAUAGAUAACCUUGAGUCCCUGCUCCAAGAAUAGUUUUUGAGUUCUUGAAACCAUAUAGGAAAAAGACAUCAGGGAAGAUUUUUCGCAUAGUUUUUGUUUCCAAAGCUGCAUUCCUUAUGCUCAGCAUACAAGGUUGUAAUUUUCCUUUUGUAUUUUAUUCACCUAAAGAAAAAUAUGGGAGUUUAUAAUAGAAUUAAGAGUAAAUGAAAUGUUAUUUUGUGUAGAAUGCUAAAAUGAAAUUAUCUUUUACCCUGAAGGUCACUGAUAGCACUAAUUGUGGACUCUAUUAAAGAACUACACCUUGUUCCUAAAUACAGUUUUUUUAUACCUUAAAAA